AGAUAUUACCAUUUAGCAAGGAGAUUUACGAAACACUGCAGCUUCACGGGAUUUCUUCAUGUGUCUGCAUGCCAGCCACAGCUACCAAGCCUGAAUACCCUGGAGGCACAACUCCAAUCAACCUUUUGCAGGUCUCUCUAACUGCCAACGAUCCUGCCCCCCCACAACUGGGCCCGGUAAAGGAUGACCUCCUAGAUCUCCUUCGCCGCCAUAGAAUCCGCAAUGUUCAUGUGGAGAUUGUCAAUGUAGACCUCGCUCUCCGCCCCUCAUUAUUCUUCAUCCCUUCAACUCACCCAAUUGUCGUUGCCUACGAACAAGUCAAACAUCAAAUCCUUGAGCUUCUCAAUAAGACAGUCAAAGCAAAUUGGCAACUACUGAGUCCGUUCAACGUUGGUCAGCUAGAGGCAAAGGCGCAACCAAUGAUUGUUAUCGCUGUUAAACCUCUGACAUCUGGAAAUCUAUCAUUGUUGAAUCCUUCGGACAACCCUUCUGCAGUCUCGUUCAUCGACCGAAUCAAUCCCAACAUGCUUCCGGAGAUGGGUCUCUCAGUUGGCAUCAACCAAGACAGCAAUGCAGGCACCCUGGGCGGGUUCGUGACGCUGACACGGAAUGGAAAGAUUCACCGUGGUUUCCUGACCAACUAUCAUGUUGUGAGACCUUCAGAGACUCACAAUCAACCCGACAACUUUCUCGAGCACCUUGAUCAGUUCGGUCUCUCCUUUUCCCGGCCCCCGACCCGGAUGAUCCAGAUGGAAUCCCUUGCACGUAUGGACCGCAACGCAACUCUCACCGAAAUUGACGAAUCUUUGGAAAGUUCGCAUACCACUCAAUCUGAGAUUUCUUCUGGAGUACAACAACAAGAACUCAUCGGGGCAGUACCACCACCUAGAAUUCUUCAGAUAUUAGAACAAUGUGAGCUUCAAAUCACCGAGCUACUGCAGGCGUUUGAGGUGGUCGAGGACAUGCCAAUUAUCUUGGGCGAAGUACUCCUCACAUCGGGCAAGACACUCCUUGGCAAUAAAAUGAUGGACUGGGCCUUCGUGGAGCUUUCAAAAGAUGUGGAGGACAAAUACUUUCGUCCCAACCAGAUGUUUCCUGUUGCUGCCAAUAUGAUGCCACGCCUCUUCCGGCGGGAGCUAGGUAGCCUAGGUGGAGUGAUCGCUCCUGGUGGCUCCAAGCUGACCGAAUUCGGCUCGCUGGUGGAAGGACAGUACUGUACCAAGCGCGGCCGGACCACGGACAUUACUGCUGGAAUCUGCAACGGGCCGAAAGCCUUCUGCAACUGGUCUAAGUCACAGCUGGCGAGAUAUGACCAUGACGGAAAUCCCAUCGACCCUGCGACGGAAAGCACCGAAGAGUUCCUGAUUCUGAGUAAGAAGGCCAAUCAUCCGAGCUUCGAACAGUCGUCAUUCACUGCCGACGGUGACUCGGGAUCCUUUGUUAUGGAUCAGUUUGGGACAGUAACCGGUUUGUUAUUUGGAAGAUUUAAACAAGGAUACGCAUAUGCUGGAGUGGCAAGCAGCAUGUCCGAUGUGCAAGAGUCCAUCAAGCUGAGGGCCGGAGGGUCUGCCUCCCUGGGUCUUCCGGUUUGAUGUGCUCGCGUCGUUUUAGUUGAUUUCUUUAUCCUGUUUUGCUUUUGCGAUCGCUAGUGUGGAACAGUUUUGAAUGUUGAUUCGAGUACGAAUUAAUCAUUCAUUGUUGUCAGUUUUUCAUGUAUCCCACAUGCCUAAGGCAAUCGCCUUCCAUUCUGAGAGACAUUCUGAGAGACAUUCGGGCAGAUAGGAACGCGAUACAAUAUGAGUAUUAUUAGCAUCACUCUUGGCUCAAGUAAAAAUCCAGUCUAGUGCCCUAUUGUUUCCUUGUCGUUAUACUAUUCUGUAAGACGGUAGCCAGGAAGGCAAUAAUUACCCAGGCCGGGGAAGAGAACAGUGUACGAGGACUCCAGCCUUCGAGGCGGCUGACAGUGACGGGCUCACACUUCUUUACCUUGCUCCAAGAUUGCUCUACACACGAUUCAGGCCGGGGUUAUUGAUAGAUCAGGCAUAGAAUACUGUCUUUAAAGGCAAGGAGUGGUCUAUUUUGUCUAUUC